AGAAGAUGAUUCGUGAUAACGUGACAAUUUAUAGUGCUCGUCUUUAUAAUUUUAAAUACUUUUGAGUUUUGAUGGACAUAAAUACAUGAUAUAAUUAUGUAAAUUUCAAAAUCUACUUGUUUGCAGUCAGUGGUUUUCGCACUCACUAUCUCAAGAGUCAACACUAAGGUCCACACUUCACAGCGAUUGCGAAUAUUCAGUAGUCAGUAGACGUACAAUUCUUCGCUCUUCAUUACUAACUCGUUAAAGAUUAGGUUAUGAACUAUCGCUUUAAAUUUAUGAUUGUAAAGUAGUAGUAUAAGGAUUCUGAUUGUCUGGAGUUUUUAUUUGGACGUCAAAACCUGUCUGUUCGACCAAGUAUUUAUACCACAAUUAAUUAUAAUUAAUCUUAUCAAUUAUGUUCAAAAAAGAAUUCCGAAUUAAAUCGAGUACUCCACUAAAAGGCGCAGAUCAAAAGAAACUCAAAUCUACAAUUGGCAAACAUUUUAAUUUAACUAAUGACACACUGGAUGAAUUUUUAAGUCAUAAACAAUUAUCACUGUUGAAAAUUAUAACCUACACUAAUGACAUAAUUAAAAUUUAUUGUGCUCAAGAAGUUGCAUUAGUUUUCGAUCAUAAAGGAAAAUAUUAUCCAACAUUAUUUAUGGUUUGGUCAUUUCCUCACAUUGUCCCUAGAUUAAUAUUGCAUGAGGAUUUGAAAUCCAAGAUCAAUGAUCCAUCACAAUUAGCUAUAAAAGAUAUAUCUUCUGUAAAUAAUGAUGAUCUACUCGUUCAAUUACCUGUUGAUCAGUGUGUGAGUAUAUGUACCAACUCUUGUGAAAAAAUUAUUGCUAUUGGAUACUUGAUCAUUGAUGGCAAUACUAUAAAAAACCAUGAAAAUAAGAAAGAUAUAUGUUUAAAAGUGUUACAUUUCCACAAAGAUGAACUUUUUAAAUCCAACAUAAUUAACAUUAUUCCUGAAAUAAUUUCGACGAUGGAGCGUUCUUUUAAAAAAGCACCUGAAUUAAAUGAUUUACCAAAUCAAAUAGAAGAUAACCGAACUGUUAUUGAAAAAAUGGACGAAUUAUUAAUGACGUGUUCUUUAAAAGCAUUAAAAUAUUGUAUUAAAAAAGAAAUGUUGCCAAUUUUAGCUAGUACGUUUUAUAAAAAAUAUGUAAUGAAAUUUUGUCCUGAAGGAAUAGAACUUGAUAUUAAAAAAACUAGUUUCAAAAAAUUAUCAACAUUUUUACAGUUAUUAGAUGUAGAGUGUAUAAUCAAAUUUAAUGUUGGUAGUAAUGGUAUUGCUGAAAUAACUCAGGUCAUGCAUAGUAAUAGCAAAUUUCAAGAAAUAAAUAUUGAAGAAAAUUCUGAGUUUAAAGAAAAUAAUGAUCAAUAUACAACUCCAGUAAAAGAAAUUUAUAUAGUGACACCAGGAUUACAACCUAUAUUCUCUGAAUUUCUUUGUCGAAAAGGAGAUGAGUUACCAUUAUCAUCUAUUCGAAGAUAUGUUACAGAAUACGUUAAGAAAUAUGAAUUGCAAGACAAAACGGACCCUUCGAUUGUGAAUACAAAUGAUGUCUUAAAAAAAAUACUAUCACAAAGAAAAGACAAAUCUUCAAUAACCUUUAAGGAUUUAAUUGAAGAAGUGACAAAACUAAUGCAUCGGACUGAAAUAUCAGUCCUGAAUACUGAUACCAAAAAAAAUUUAAAGAAAAAAGUUAAUAAUAUUGAAAUGACUGUUAAUAAUCGAAGUGGAAACAAAAAAGUUACUCUAGUUAAUAAUUUGGAGUUAUAUGGUGUCGAUGUUUUAAAAUUUAGUAAAGAAUGUCAACAUGGUGUAGCUGCCAGUACAACUAUUAAUGAUAUUCCAAAUGCACAAAAUAGACAAGUCCAGAUUCAAGGCUCCCAAGUUCCUUUUGUGUAUAAAUUAUUAACAGAUCAAUACAAAAUUCCUGUCAAAUUUAUAAGAGGACAUGAAACUUUUAUCAAAAAACAAAAAAAAUAGUUUUUUUAAAUUAAAUAAAAAAUAAUAAUAAAUAAAUAAAAAAUGAAUUUGUUUUCUACUUUUAAAACUAUGAAAUGACUUAUUAACUACUAUAUUAAAUUUAUAUUGUUAUAAAAUAAUUAUUAUUGUUUUUAUGAAAUGAUAAGGAUAGAAAUAUUUUAUUUUUGAUGAUUAUAUAAAUUUAUUGCCAAAUAAUAUAAAUAUAUUCUGUUGCCUUUAAUUUA